AUGAAGCAGAUGUCCAAGCUGACGCCUACGCAAUGUUUUGCUCUCUCGGAUGUUCAUGCCGUGUUGCGAGAGUAUCCCCUUCGCAAGGGACGCAAGGGUAGGCCACCUUCCGUUGACUUUGUAGUAUUUGUUAGUGGCAUGCGUCUGGCCAUCGAGAUUGCCAUCGAGGGCAGCGGCGAAAGUGUUCAGAAACAUGCGGACAGAUUCCUGAUUGAUGGACAGUAUGAUGUACAUUCGCAAGGCUUAGACGACUACCGCGUCGUGUACAUAUGCAGCUGCUGUCCUGAACAGCUGCUUGACAACGUCCUCUACUGCUUUCCGUGCAGAAGUAGUGGAUGGCGGACGAUUGUCGUUCGCAGUCGGCACUUGCAGGUCACCGUGCCGCGAGAUUCUGUUCCAAGACGAUUGACGCGGAUGAGAAAUGGCAUUGAGGGGCAGCUUCUUCCGCUGACUUCUUUGCAGUCAGGCCCAUCUGCCGGAUCUGCAGGCUCUGCAGGCACGACCUCAACGUUAUCAAUUUUCCAGAGAAUAGUUCGGUGGUUGUGA